AUGUCUUCGAAGGUAGCAAUUGCAAAUUUGUGUAAAGCUUUGUUUCUUGAAUAUUUAGUUGAAGUUUGCCAGCGUAACACUGAUGAAUCAUUGAAAGAUUUACAUAAGAAGUACGAAGCUCGUCGAAAUAAAAAAUCUGGGGUCAAUAUUCAAGAGAUUAAAAAGUUGCUCAAGCCUGCCUUAGGAUCAAGUAUGGAUGGUGCAGAUCCCAAUACCAUUGCCGAAAUAGCAGAGGAACUCAGUGAUAUCCUCAAACUAGACAAGAAAGCAAUAUCUGUGCCUAUGAAUCCUAAAUGUGCAAAGGCUGUUCGAUCAUUAUGCACCACAAUACACGACUAUUGUAACUCCAAGUGGGAAGGGGGUGCAUUAUUUGCUGAAUCAUUAGGCAAUUUAAUCACCCUCUCAUUCUGUUUUUAUUUUACCACGGAUAUCAUACAAGUUGGAAGUCGUGGUCAUGAGUUACCAGCGAGAUCAAACAAACUCAACGAGGAGAUAUUCAAUGAUUUUAAAAUCAAUACUUCUCCUACGCAUGAUAUUGCAGUGGAGAGAGAAAGUUUUAUGUCGCUUACUAUGGGACAAUUCAAGGGGUUUCAAUUACCGGUGUUCUCUCUCCCAACUGAUGAAAAUACGGCAUAUGUUGAAAGUGCUUGGUCAAGUCGCUUGGCCAGUACGUUUUUAAUCCCAAUCUUUUCAUUUUACCAGAUGAAACUUUGUCAAGAAAAAUUAGAGAGUAUUAGUCAUUCCAACACCAACGUGCUGAAGAGACCAGAUUUUUCGGUGGUGAGAGAUGGCUCUGUUAUUGCGUUGCUGUCAGUUCAUACCAAUUCACUGAAAGAUGUUACUGACGACGAGAUCCUUUUAAGUCUUGAAAUCAAAUUAGGAACAACUACAAACAAAUUGGAUGACCCUAUUCUUUUAUGCGGCACGACAAUAACAGAAUUCUCUACCCACUUUCUAAGUAGAUUCCAAGUCUAUAUCUAUACAUUAGCCUUAAAAGCACUAGCUUGUUGCUUUUACUGUGACCACACUACAAGUAAGGUUUGA